ACCACAUCGAAGGCACUGACUGAACCUGUCUUUGCUCAGUUGCAACAAUAAUGGUCUCAACUUCUCCUCCUCCAAAGGAAGUUGAAUCCGGCCCCAAAUGCGUAGAAGGAGAUCCCUCUCGCCGGGCCAAAUGGUGGUACUCAACUUUUCACACUGUCACCGCUAUGAUAGGUGCUGGCGUUCUCAGCUUGCCCUACGCCAUGGCCUACCUAGGAUGGGGUCCAGGGACAAUGGUGAUGAUAUUAUCUUGGUGCAUGACCUUGAACACAAUGUGGCAGAUGAUCCAACUCCAUGAAUGUGUGCCUGGAACUCGUUUUGAUCGAUACCUGGACCUGGGCAGAUAUGCUUUUGGGCCAAAACUUGGGCCCUGGAUCGUCCUCCCUCAACAGCUGAUUGUCCAGGUCGGCUGUGACAUUGUGUACAUAGUCACCGGAGGGAAGUGCCUCAAGAAGUUCAUGGAGAUAGCCUGUACCCACUGCACACCGCUCCGGCAGUCUUACUGGAUCUUGAUCUUCGGCGGACUCCAGUUCUUCCUGUCUCAGCUCCCCAAUUUCAACUCUGUGGCUGGUGUUUCAUUAGCUGCCGCAAUCAUGUCUCUCAGUUAUUCAACUAUAGCAUGGGCUGGUAGCCUGGUUCACGGUCAGGUGGAGAACGUGAGCUAUGGAUAUAAGAACGCGAAUCCGGUGGACUACAUGUUUCGGGUCUUCAACGCACUGGGUCAGAUUUCCUUUGCAUUCGCCGGCCAUGCCGUUGCACUGGAGAUUCAAGCGACAAUUCCGUCCACUCCGGAGAAGCCUUCCAAGGUACCCAUGUGGAAAGGUGCCAUCGGAGCCUAUUUUAUAAACGCAAUCUGCUAUUUUCCGGUGGCCCUUAUAGGAUACUGGGCGUUCGGGCAAGACGUUGACGACAAUGUGCUGAUGGCUCUCAAGAGACCCGCCUGGCUUAUCGCCGCCGCCAACUUGAUGGUGGUCGUUCAUGUCAUUGGAAGUUACCAGGUUUAUGCUAUGCCGGUCUUUGGUUUGCUAGAAGGGAUUAUGGUGAAAAGACUCAACCUCCCACCUGGAUUUGCACUCAGACUAAUUACUCGAUCAGCUUUUGUUGCUUUUACUCUGUUCAUAGGAGUCACAUUCCCAUUCUUUGGAGAUCUGCUGGGUUUCUUUGGUGGAUUUGGUUUUGCUCCUACGUCAUAUUUUCUUCCUAGUAUUAUGUGGUUAAUCAUCAAGAAACCAAGAAGAUUCAGCACUAAAUGGUUCAUCAAUUGGGGUUCUAUAUUCGUUGGACUCUUCAUCAUGUUGGCAUCGACAAUUGGUGGUUUAAGAAAUAUCAUCACGGAUGCUUCCACUUAUAGUUUCUAUACAUGAAAAUAUUGAAUCAUGAUCAUGUUAAUUUGAUGCAGAAAUGCAAACUAAGCUUGCAAAGACCUACUAUCCCAGGAAUAAUCUUUUUUGUGUAAUUAUUAUAUAUUUUAUGCAUGGAAUAAAGAUUAUAGAGAGGUUAAAACCUCAAAUUGAAGGUACUAAAUCAUUAUUUUUUUU